AUGGCCAUCGACCACACCAGCCUCCAUGUCCCCGAGGAUAAAUUCCAAGCAUGCCUCGAGGUGUACCUCGCGGCCCUGAAACCCCUCGGCUACGAAAUUGUCUACCAGUUCGGCCCGCACGUUGUCGGGCUGGGGUCGAAAAAGGACGCGGUCAAGGACUACAAGCCGACUGACUUUUGGGUCAUGGGCACAAAGGAAGCCACGGCCUCGGGGUCGCAUAUUGCUUUCAGGGCAGAGGACCGCGCGACGGUUGAUGCUUUUCACGCCGCGGCCGUUGGGGCUGGCGCAAAGGAUAACGGCGCGCCGGGCCCGAGACCGGAUUAUCAUCCCAAUUACUACGGGGCGUUUGUGCUGGAUCCCGUUGGGAACAACAUUGAGGCUGUUUGCCAUUUCCCGGCCUAG